AUGUCCAAGCGGACUUGUGCUGAUACGAAAAUGGGAGACGCUGGGACAGGAGCAAGUGGCGGAUCGGUGAUGCUACCAAUGCCUGCACCCCUGACUCCUUCGAAGCCUGAGGACCAGAGCGAAGCGUCGAAUCACCAGACCCCCAACGACCUGAGUAGCUUUCGAAACGAUGGCGUCGCAUUUCCGUCGAUAUCAAGGAAUAUCAAGGCCUGCGCCACAUGCCGAAAACUCAAGAUUAGAUGUCUGAUGGAUAGGAAUGGCCCGCCCUGUCGCAGAUGUGCAGCGCGCAACUUGGACUGCGUCUUGAAUAAGAGCUUGCAAACUAUUAUCAAUGAGAAGUCACAAUUCUCCAAAGCCAUAGUGCAGGACCUAGAGCAAGUCCACGACGCUCUCAAGAGGGUGCUGAAAGGGCUCGGCCUCAGAGAACUUCCUCCAUUGCAAUGUUUAGCAGCAGCCCGCAAGACAGAAGGCUCACUUCCGAGAGAUACCCCGAGAAAUGAAAGUAGCCACCAACCGCCGUCUCUCCCAGAAGACCAUUAUGGUCCCUCAUGCGAUAAUUCCCCGAUGACGACACCUGAGGAUGAGGGCCUUCCCUAUGUCCCUAUCCACUCACUAUACACUUUGACCAAGCUGAGCGCGCUGCGGUCGCCUGAAGACAACGAGGCUGGGCAGCGAGCUCGAACCAUAGAUGACUUCAUCGCUCGUGGGUCAAUUGCUCUAGUGGAUGCAGAAAGUCUCUUCACUCUGUACCGAGAUCGUCUGGACCGCCAUAUAUAUAGCAUUGGCUGUCGCUAUCAGACACUUGAGGAGUUGAGGCAGAAGUCUCCUAUUCUAUCUGCGGCCACUCUUACGGUUGCAGCGCUUCAUGAUCCGAAGGCUGAUGGCAUAUAUGGGGUAUGCAGCUCUGAGUUUCGUCGCCUCAUGGAGAAGUCUAUGUUCGAGCGGUCAAUUAAUCGAGACUAUCUUCGAGCUAUGUGCGUAGCUUCGUACUGGCUGAGCGAUAUCUCUUGGAUGCUCUCAGGAUAUGCUAUUCGUCGAGCUGCUGAGUUACGCAAUAGCUGUCGCCAGGCUAUCAAGGCCUGCCGCCAGGAAGCAGCUGACUAUGCGAGGCUCUGGUAUGUCCUCUAUAUCUGCGACCAGCAUCUCGCCACUCUAUACGGACGGCCAUCAAUUAUCCAGGAGGACUUAUCAGACCAAGGAUGGGGUUAUUUUCUCGGGCCAGCUGUUGCGACUGAUGAAGAUAAGCGACUAAUAGGUCAGGUGGCGCUAAUGGGUAUCUUAAGGAGCAUCCAAGAGCUAUUUGGCUAUGAUAAGGACGAGGCGAUUCCUCAGGAAUAUAUUAACCAUAUUUCACAUUUUCGCCGACAGCUUGAUCAAUGGUAUGAUCAAUGGACCAAGGAAUUGCCAGAACACUGGCCCCAGUUAGGGUCGUUUCCUCGCAAAGGAACAAUGUUACACUACAACUUUGCGCAGAUUCACCUCUACUCUCAUACCUUCCGUGGCCUAUCCAGCGACGACCCUAUCCCGGCGUACUUCUUCGACUACGCGUUAAAAGCUAUCGCCGCAGCUACGGCUGCCGUUGAGCUUAUUCUCGCAGACCCAGACGUUGCGAAGGGUAUCGCGGGCAUGCCGUCAUAUAUGCAUUCUAUGACGGCAUUCGCCAGUAUGCUUCUUAUCAAAGCGGCCAUCAAACAUGGAGGCAAACUUAUUGGGACGGAGCGAGUCUGUGGCUUAAUCACGAGUCUUAUACGGCAGUUCCGAUCUCAACCCGUUGGGAGAUGGCACUUAGCGAACCUAAUGGCUGGUGGUCUAGAACGAAUGUUAGAGAUGCUAAACACAGCGGAGCCAAAGCAGGGCCAUCCCUUGCCAAAUGGGCUUGUCGUUGGAGCGGGUACCAGUGAUGGGGUCAAUGUGCGGGGGCAGAUGCUGGGUGCAGAUGGCCUGUUCCCUGAUUUUUAUGGAGGCCUUUUCUUCGACUAUGACAUGAGCGUUGGGUUGUCACACGUGUUCCAGCUCGAUCCCGGGAUGCUAAACAUUGAGGGAUCUGCUCUGCCGCUCUAA